AUGUGGUGCACGUUUCAUCUCUCUUCCAUUUUUAAACACAUUUCUACCCUCUCGCAUGAUCCCAUCCACUCAUACAUGAGAGAGAGGAGAGAGAUUUACAAUUCAGCUGCUUCUCUUACUUUGUAAGAACACUUUAGACGAAUAAAUUCAUUCGAUUCUGCUAAUCAAACCCUGCACGUAAAUUAGUGAUUGAGGAACGAGAGGUUGAGGAAGCGAGGGUUGGAGCUGAGGGGGAAUGGAUGCUCGGAAAAUAGUGGUGGUUGUGGAAGAUGUGGAGGUGGCAAGAACUGCACUCCAAUGGGCACUUCACAAUAUUUUUCGUUUUGGGGAUUUGAUUACACUUCUUCACGUAUAUACCACUACAUCAUCCAAAAGCAAGAAGAAAAUCAGGCUCCUCCGCUUGAAAGGCUUCCAAUUGGCUCUCUCUUUCAGAGAAAUAUGCAAUUCCUUCCUCAAUACAAAGACUGAGAUUGUUGUGACGGAAGGGGAUAGAGAUGGUCGAAGAAUUGCGGCUAUGGUGAGAGAAAUUGGGGCCUCCACUCUCGUUGUGGGUCUUCAUGAUCGGAGCUUUUUAUACAGGUUGGUAAUGGCCCAGAAUAGCGUUGCAUUCAAUUUGAACUGUAAGGUUCUUGCUAUCAAGCAACCAACACCACUAACAGCGAGGACAAUUUCUUUACAAGAUAGUUCUAUAAACAUGGACUUCACCCAGAUAGAAAUAGCUACAUUGAGUGUCCCUGAAGUUCCUCCUCCAAAAAUACAAUACCAAAUCUGUCCAGACCCUUCUGCUAUUAUAUGGAGAUCCGGGCAAUCAAGAAGAACAAGAACUUCAUGAAAGAAGUCUUAACUUUGUAUCUAGAAAACAAGUAUUAACAAUUUGUCACAAUUGAUGGACAGCUUUGGAUUUGAUUUACUCAGCAGAUUUAUACAACAAAAGUAAAACUGCAAUAGUGCAAAAUAAUCUUCUCGAUUGCUAUUGUUGUUUUAUUCCAUGUUUGAUAGUGUGGACUAUAUGGUAUUGAAUAAUAUUAUAGUAGAAAGGAAAAGUUAAAAAUCUUGUGCAUUCUAGUGUUUGGCUGUCCACAUUCAGUAUUUUGAACCAAAUAUGCACUAAGAGCACUGCUUUGUGCGUGUUCGACCCCUUUUUUA